GCUACAGACACACAAAAAAAAGCAUUUGCAUACACUCCCACACAUCCAUAAAAACCUAAAACACCCUGUGUGUUUUCUCAGAAGACGCAGGCCGUGUCACAGCCAGCAUCGCACAGCCAGUAGGCCUAACUGGUGUUUGAGAGAGACGUCAUAUCAGCAGCCAGUAUUUUGAGCCAGGGAACCUGAUGAAGGAUGUGUGCCUCUGGACAGCCAAUCACGCUUCUGCUGUUUUACCUGUUCGGCUCAGCUACCUCAUCCCCUGUUUCCAUGCACACAUCUGAUCCACCUCUUCUGUCACAAAUUUCACCUCCCUCUCCAACAACCCUCGCAUCUCCACCGUCUCCUUCUCUCAGUACCCCACCACCCAUCAGCAACUCUGGAGAGACAACAGAAAAGGUCCGAUGCCCUCUGUCGAUGUCACCCUCCACUCUGGUGGUCAGGUUUGGAGAUCCGGUCAGAGCUAACUGCUCUGUAUCAAGGAUGGAUUUUUCUGCUCUUGGUUGGGAAGUCAAACUGGGAGCUCCUACACUCAGUAUGGGUCCUUUUGUGGUCUGGAGUGUGGACAGCAUGACUGAGUGGAAUGAAAAGCCUAUGUGCUAUGCACUAUCUGAACAGGGAGGGCAAUGUCACAUCAAUCUCCCUCUAACGGUCUACAAGCCUCCAGACAUUGUGUCCAUCAACUUUGUUAAUCACACUGGGCCGAUGUUGGAGGGACAUCAGUACACUCUGCAGUGUACAGUACAGAACGUUGCUCCUGUUGAAAACCUCGUUGUGACAUUCUACAGAGGACAGACAGCGCUGGGUCAACUGCAGUCCAACAACACAGAGAAGGAACCAGUGACUGAGAUCUUCUCUUUGAACAUCACACCCAGUAAAGAAGAUGAUGGAGUCCAGUACUGGUGUGAAGCAAAGCUAGAACUGGGACCUGCAGGAAUUAAGCAUCCUCCAAUGGAGAGGUCAGAAAAACUCACUGCCACAGUCCUCGUUGGUCCACAGCUCAUGUGUCCUACAAAGCUGCGGGUGAGAGAGGGAGAGAGCCUCAGCUGUGAGGUGAGAGGAAACCCUCCACCGUUAGUCACCUGGUUCAGAGAUGGGCAGGUGGUUGCCCUGCCCACUAACUUCAGCAGAAAGGAUGCUGGGAAAUACACAGUCUCAGCAAAAGGACUAUUUGGACAGAACAACUUUACAGUGGAGGUGGAGGUCCUUGCUGGCAGUGGAACUACAAUCAGCUGCAAUAUACAUUUUCUGUUGGCUGGCCUGCUUAUUCAGAUGAUUAACGGUCUGUAAAACAUCCUAAAAGAACUCAACAUGAUGUGCGAUUCUUCUUUCCAUGCCAUUUGGAUGAAUGGCUUCUGCUGUGAGAAAUGACUCACAAAGACUGGUUUGCUUGUGUCGUUCCUCUUUGUUCAAAUGGAUCAGUUUUGCAUUAGUGUCUUUUUGUGGAUCUUUUUGUUCCCCUUUUUGAGAGCUUCUGCCCGGGUACAUUUUUCUGUUUAACUGGUCUCCAUGUAAUCUGCACAAAAGUUAACUUUCAUUUCUUCCAGAUGGAAAGCUGCUCUAGAAAGAAAUACACAUUGUACAAUUUAAUAAUUCACAAUCAUACUGCCAUAGGUCUGUGACAUGUAUGUUUUUUCCCCUCGCCGGUUUCUUUUUAGAGGAUGUUUAAGAACCCUUUGCCAAACAAUGUUAGUGUCUGUCGUGUGUACAUGGGUUUCAUUUUCUGUAGUAUGAAGAGCUAGCCAACAUUGCAAAGCAAUGACUGGUGAUUUCUUCUAUUCUUAUUGGUCAGAGGCAUCCUUGUCUUCUUUCACCGAGGUGACGUUUAGUCUGCUGUACAUUAAAAUGCUGAACUAUCUUGUGUCCAACAGCAGUACUUUCUUGCUUUAGACUUCAACCGCUCAUUUAAUAACAAAAUAUCAAUGAAAAUGAACAUAACUGCAGGUCAAUCAUUGAUACAGUGAUAAACAUAAGAGUCUCAAACUGUUUGAUUUUAAAAAGUAACGUCUGGGACUAACACUUUAACAACUCUGUUGGCCCCAGUUCACACAGAAACUAGAACACAUCCUCAAUUUAGCAAGUAGCGCUUCAGUUAUAGAGAAUAAAAGGUGCAGUCACUAAGCCUUUAAACAUUUUGUUUUCAAAUCCAGUAAGGCCACUUGGACUGUACACCACUUCUUAAAAAAUGUAAUCUAUUGGGUGUAUUACAUCAGUACUAAAAGUUCAGAAUUGCGUCAGUUGCUGUACCUCAUAAGACAAAGCUAAAAACAAAUGGCUCCACAACAUGCAUCACAACUUUAUUAUUUAUUAAUUCAAAACAAUCAUUUACAUUUCAAACAAAGCCUUUCCAAGUCAGUUAAAGGGUUAUUUGAGUAUUGAUUAUUGAAGUAGAUGUCCAGUUUCUCAAAAGAGCAGAUAAGUGGUGGGAGUUCAUUUUUCUGCUCAUUGG